UAACUGCUGAUUAAUCAUUGAUAGCGUUCAGCGCAUAAAAAGAAUGCUAGAGACUUUCAAGUAACAUUCGUAGCUGUCUUGCAAAGCGUACACACAAGAUGGCCUUCAAGCUUGUCCUCGGGGCUCUUGCCCUUAUGGUCGUAUCAACCUACGCCAGAAGCACAUACAAAAGAAACGCCAACCCAUGUCCACCAGGAUGUCCCUCAACUUGUGCCCCAGCUUGUGCCGUAUCUUGUUGUCUACCUCCCCCACCCCCACCACCACCUCCACCACCACCACCACCACCACCACCAGAGCCAGCACGUCCAGGACCUCCAGGACCUUCCGGUAGAAUGGGACCCCCAGGACCCGUUGGACCCAUCGGACCUAUGGGAGAAGCCGGACCACCAGGAAUUCCAGGACCUCAAGGACCACCCGGACCUCCAGGAGAGCCCGCUCCACCACCACCACCACCUCCCCCAUGCCCACCCGUAUGCGCACACACCUGCGUCAGCUCCUGCCCAGCUGGAUGUUGCCAAGGGGGUAGAUAAGCUCCAUACUCGUAGCUACGCGGUGCCAACACCUUUCACCGCAUUUUAAAAGUAGCAAAUUGUUUUUCGAAAUCAAUGUCGUUUAGUUUUGUACAAACAGCGAUCGAUAAGCAAGGAGGAGGACGAUGGAAAUCAAGAUGAUUUGUGAAUUUUAUUUUCAUUCAACAAUUGUACGCUUAAAAUUGGAGUUUAUUUUUCACUAUUCUUAAUUAAUAUCCUUCUGUGGCCACAGAUUUUGGAGUUUCAAAUGUGUAGGUUUGAUUUCUUUUCAUACUGAAACGCGCUGAUAAUCCUUUGAACGAAUCAAGUUAACGAGUAUAGACAUCUUUUGUUAUGUUAGACUAUCGUGUGCACUUUGUAUUAAAAAACACAUUACACCAAAA